AUGUCGCUGAAGAAAGAGUCCCGCACGGACGUGCAGUUCCACCUCGCAGCGCUCCGAGGAGACUGCGACAGGUUGCGGCAGCUGCUCGACACAGGGAAGGUGCACAUCGACUCCAGGGACAGGGACGGCACGACCCCGCUGAUCCUGUCAGCUGCGAUGGGUCACACGGAGUGCGUGCGCGAGCUGCUGGCGCAGGGCGCCGACCCGGCCUGCUGCAGGACGACAGGAACGAGUGCGCUGUUCUUCGCGGCGCAGGGCGGGUUCCUGGACAUCGCGCGACUACUGCUCGACUCAGGAGCUGCCAUCGACGCUCCUAGCAUGGACGGUGGCACGCCGUUGUUCGUGGCGUGCCAGUGCGGUCACCUGCCAGUCGUCGACGAGCUCAUCCGGAGGGGAGCCAACGUCAACUCUUGUAUGAAGGACAAAGCGAGUCCCUUGUUCAUAGCGGCCCAGAACGGUCACGAGGAGGUGUGCGCGGCGCUAGUGUGUGCGGGCGCGGCCGUGGACGCGGCGCGCGCCGACCGCGCCACGCCGCUGUGGAUCGCCGCGCAGUGCGGACACCAACACGUCGCGCGCAGGCUGCUGGCCGCCGGGGCGCGGCUGGACCACGACGGAGCCACACCUCUCUUCAAAGCAGCCCACAAGGGUCACGCUGCUGUCGUUGUAGAACUGCUCAAAUACAAACCAAACCUUGGAUUGCUUCCCAAUGGUCAGUCGGCCCUCCACGGAGCUGCAAUGUUCGGCCAGAUGUCGUGCGUGCGGCUGCUGGCGCGGCGGUCGCAGCUGUCGCUGCGCAACUCGUGCGGGCUGACGGCGCUGCAGGCCGCCGCCGCCGCCCGCAAGCACGACGUCGUCGCCUACCUGCGCCGCCUCGAACACGAACUCGCGCAUACAUGA